GGGAAUCUUGACCGGGACCACGUGGCGCUGAAGAACUUCGCCAAGUAUUUCCUGCACCAAUCCCAUGAGGAGAGGGAGCAUGCUGAGAAGCUGAUGAAACUGCAGAACCAGCGAGUCAGCCGCAUCUUCCUUCAGGACAUCAAGAAACCAGACCGCGACAACUGGGAGAGCGGGCUGAAUGCAAUGGAGUGUGCACUGCACUUGGAAAAAAAUGUCAAUCAGUCGUUACUGGAAUUGCACAAGCUGGAAACUGACAAAAAUGACCCCCAUUUAUGUGAUUUCAUUGAAACCCACUACCUGGAUGAGCAGGUAAAGUCCAUCAAACAGCUGGAUGAUCACGUGACCAACCUGCGCAAAAUGGAGGCCCCUGAUUCUGGCAUGGCGGAAUAUAUUUUUGACAAGCACACCCUUGGAGACAGUGACAACAGGAGCUGAGCCUCCAGCUGGCUUCCCCCACCACUGGGU